AUGUUCAAGAUUUUAUAUGAUCAUCCAUCAAGGAAGUUUAAUCAACUAAAUAUUGCAGGUGAUUUCACAGGUUGGAAAAUUACACCUAUGAAAAAGGAUCCUAAGAACCAAGACAGAUGGGAAAUUCAGAUUAAUGAAGCCGAUCUACCUCAGGGGAUUAAUAAAGUACAUUUUAAAUUCAUCGACGAUAAUGGAAAUUGGUUCACAGAUGAGGAAUAUCCAAAAGAAGUCGAUGAACAUGAUAAUGAAAAUAACGUUAAAAUGUUAAUUAAAGAGAAAGAGAAGGAAUCAGGAAAUAACUCAAUCUCAAAUGAAGGUGAUACCGUGAUUGAUGAAGAAUUAGACGAUGAGGGUCCUGUAUCCCCUGCACCUUCUUUAAAUGCAAAUAAUACCACUAGUACUAAUUAUAAUGACGAUGAUGGAAAUGAUACCGAAAUUCAAAAAAAUGUAUUGGAAAAAGAGUCGGUGCAAGAUGAUGAUGAUUCAAAUAAUUCAAAGAACUUAGAAGACAGUCCAGAUAUCGAUGAAAGUACUGCAACUCCUCCUGCUUCUUCCGAUUCGAAUGCUGUCAUAAAAAAUGAAGAAACGGACGCUUAUAGAGGAAUACUUGCUACAAUUAUAGCAUUCUUCGCAAGAUUAUUCAGUGCACCAUUUGGUUAA